UUACUGAAAUACUGAGGCGAAUUGAAGGCGCGGAGCUAGCUAUCUGGUAAUUAACUACCAACUAGAUUCUGAUAACUGUCAUGCCGCUUCUCCUGCGAUCCCUCCCGCCACUUCCUUCCAUUUCCCCUUUCAAACCCAGCCCUUCACCUCCGGCGCCGGCGCAUAAUACCGGAAUUCCGAAGGCCAAAACCUUAAGAAUACGAGCAAUCUCGAAACCGAAACCGAAACAGAAUCCGAAGGCGAGCAAGCAAGAGGAUGAUUACCAUGCCACACUCAAAGCGCUCAACUCGAAAGGGCGAUUUCCGCGGAAAUCGCUCGGCCAGCAUUAUAUGCUGGAUUCUUCGGUAAACGAGCUGCUUGUUGCGGCUGCAGAGGUGAAGGAAGGAGAUGUUGUGCUUGAGAUUGGGCCUGGCACUGGUUCCCUCACCAAUGCUCUUGUUAACUCUGGUGCCACUGUUCUGGCAGUUGAAAAGGAUCCGUAUAUGGCUGCACUUGUGAGGGAGAGGUUUUCCAGUCUAGCUUGUGUAAAGGUUGUGGAAGAGGAUUUUACAAGAUGUAAUAUACGCUCCCAUAUAUCCUCAGUUUUAGAACCUGCAACAGAUUCCUUAUAUGGUCAAUCACAAUUUGCAAAGGUGGUUGCUAAUAUACCAUUUAACAUUAGUACAGAUGUGGUUAAACAACUUCUUCCAAUGGGGGACAUCUUCACAGAAAUUGUUCUUUUACUCCAGGAGGAAACAGCCUUGCGCAUGGUGGAUGCAUCUUUAAGAUCAUCUGAGUAUCGGCCUAUUAAUGUUUUCAUCAACUUUUAUUCAGAUCCUGAAUACAAAUUUAAGGUCCCAAGGACAUCCUUUUUCCCCCAGCCCAAAGUUGAUGCAGCGGUUGUUUCCUUCAGGCUAAAGCAAGCUGCAAAUUAUCCUCCAGUGUCUUCCAGCAAGAGCUUCUUCUCAAUGGUUAACUCUGCCUUCAAUGGAAAACGUAAGAUGCUGCGAAACUCACUCAAGCACAUCUGCCCUUCCCAUGAGAUAGAAGAAGCUCUUGGUAGUCUUGGUCUUCCACCUACUUCAAGACCUGAAGAGCUUGCAUUAGCAGACUUUGUAAGGCUGCAUAACCUGAUAGUGAAAGAGUAGAAACUCGCGGUAUCUCCAAGGAUAUCCCAAAAUGGCAGAUCUCGAUCAAUACGUGUAAAGAGCUAGCCAGUUUAGCCAUGGCAGACAAUGAGAUGCUGCAGUUGAGCUAUGAUACUGUCCAGAAUGGACAAAUAUAAGCAAAACCAGACAGAGUUACCAGGUUUGGAUUGCUGGUCUUGAACACUCACUUGAAUUGAUCUUUGUAAAAUUGGUUUAGGUUCCCAGAAAUUGUCUAUUAGGUUGUAUUUUCUUAUACUAUGGAUUAUUGAGAGUCAAGCCAUUAAACUAAAUUUUUUUCCAAAA